CCCGCCUCCCGGUCUUGUUCAGAUCCGGGACCAAGCAGUGGGUCCGCAGCAACGGGGAUCAAGACGCCCCCUACUGGCCGCCUCGUCCACACUGCCCGUUCUCAGCAGGAAGCAUGGUUCCGGGUCAGGCAGACCCAGCAGGGUCCAGGCGUGGACCCGGGCCCGGGGGGUAGGGGGGGCUGAUGCAGGGUUGACAGGACGGACCCAGCAGUGAGAGCCGCACACGGAGCUGCAGCGCCUCCCGCGUGACCUCCGCACCGGAACCGCUGGCGGGGCCAGAGUUCUGCUCUGCUCUGUGUCAAAGUCCGAGUGCCGUCGUCGCUCCCCGCCGCCAUGUGGCUCCUCUCCGCGGAAACAUGGGCUCUGCUGCUGGCGCUGCUGCUUCUCUUCGUCCUGAACGGAUACUCCACCUACGGGCUGUUCCGCAGGCUGCGGGUCCCGGGCCCCAGCCCGCGGGUGUACUUGGGUUCGGUGGCGCGACACCACAAGGUGUACUACCUGGACGACGUCGCGUGCCGGAAGAAGUACGGCAAAGUGUGGGGCGUGUACGAGCUGCGGCGGCCGCUGCUGAUGGUGACUGACGUCGACAUGAUCCGGACGGUCCUGGUCAAGGAGUGUUUCCGCUGCUUCACCAACAGACGCAACCUCCGGCUGAACGGGGACCUGGCGGACGCCCUGUCGCUCAUGGAGGACGAGCGCUGGCGCAGGACCCGCCACACGGUGUCGCCCUUCUUCUCCAGCGGACGCCUGAAAGAGAUGUUCAGGGUGGUGAAGCACCACUCGGGGAAGGCCACGCAGUUCUUGAGGUCCAGAGCCGAGAAGCAGGAGGCGCUGGAGGUGAAGCGGUUCUUCGGGGCGUACGUGCUGGACGCCAUUGUGAGCCUCACCUGCAGCGUGGACGUGGACUCGCUCAACCACCCGGCGUCCCCCCUCGUGGAGCACGCCUCCGGCUUCCUGAGGGUCUGGGGGGGCCUCUUCAUGCUCCAGGGCCUGUUCCCCAGCCUCCUGCCGCUGCUGGAGAAGCUGGACCUGUCCCUCUUCCCUCGGUCCAGCUCGCAGUUCUUCCUCAGGUUCCUCCGGAAGGUGCAGGAGGAGCGGCGCGGCGCGGCGCAGGUGUCGCCGGACUUCCUCAGCUUCAUGGCCGACUCGCAGGCCUCGGGAGGCCCCGCGGCAGGUCUGAGCGAGCGCGAGGUCCUCAUCCAGGCCGCCAUGCUUGUGCUGGGGGGCUACAGCACCGGCGCCGAUACGCUCACCUUCGUGGCCUACAACCUGGCGCGGCAUCCUGAGGUCAUGACCCGGCUGCAGCAGGAGAUCGACGCCACCUUCCCGGGAGAGAGCGCAGUGGAGUACCAGGCUCUGAUGCAGAUGGAGUACCUGGACUGCGUGGUCAGCGAGUCCCUGAGGCUCUACCCGCCGGCGGCUCGUCUGGAGCGAGUGGCCAAGCAGACCGUCGUGGUGGGAUCCGUCGAGAUCCCCAAGGGACUCAUCGUGGCGGUCCCGGUCUUCGCCCUUCACCGAGACCCGGACCUGUGGCCAGACCCAGAGGACUUCAAGCCAGAGAGGUUCAGCCGGGAGAGGCGGGUCGACGUGGUGCCGUACUCCUACCUGCCCUUCGGCGCCGGGCCCAGGAACUGCGUGGGCAUGAGGUUGGCGCUGAUCAUGGUGAAGCUGGUCCUGGUGGAGGUCCUGCAGAACUUCAGCUUCUCCGUCUGCGCCGAGACCGAGAUCCCGCUGGAGAUGGACCCGCAAGGCCUGGUGGGUCCACUGAGACCCAUCAAGCUGAGGGUGGAGCCCCGAGCCUGACGCACCCGGACCACCACAGUGGAGUCGAGUGAGGAGGGCUUCGGCUCAUCUGUGAGGGACUGACCCUCACCCCGGGUAGCUGGGACAGACUGCAGCUCCCAUUCGAAGAAGCUGUCAUCAUUAAACAUGACAUCACUUCCCUGUGA